UGGGGUGGGAGGAAAAUAAGUAAGAAACUUUAGGGUCCAAAUCAUAAAACGAAAAGUUUAUAGGGACUUAUAAUUCGAUAAAAGGAAGAUACACUAUCAAAAACUAGAAAGCAGAGACAAAACGAAACUGUGGAAGAAGGAAAGAAACUAAGGUAGGGGGCGGUGGUUUUGUAAUACAUGUAUGGGUCGUUCUAGUUGGAUCUGAAUCUGCAAACAAACAAAGAGGGGGAAAAAAAAAAGAGGAAAAGGAGAGAAGAAGGGGGAGGACUGAGGAGAUCAUCACAGGUAUUCCAAGAAGAGGAAGAAACGCAACAGGUAACCCUAACCCACCUAACUUCUUCCUUCAUUGUGCCUCCGUGAAUUUAUCAGGCGAGGAAUCUCAGUGAUUGUCGGAUAGGGAAUCAGAUCCAGCCCUGGAAAUGCUCAGGGCAUUAAUCUUUUCUAUUGUACAAAGUGUCAGUCUGAUCUGGACUUUGUCAAACUAUGUUUUAUUUUCUUUUUUUUAUCAGGAUUCGUGGAAACCUCCGUAAACUUGUGAUGCUACUGCUUGUUCUUGCAAUCACAGUCUCAACCAUAAAUAUAACGCCAAGGAUGUUCUUCUCUGUUAGCGCCAAUCGACCUCUUUGGAGGAAUCGUUAACAUAAGACAACUACAGAAGAAAAUGGUGUUGGGCAGAAUUGUGGAUUUUAUUUCCGCUGCGUCAAGUCGUUUGUUGGCUCCACAGUCUUCUUCUUCUUCUUCUUCGUCUUCUUCUUCUACGGUUCCGUAUGUAGCGGUCGGAAUGUCGCCUCUGCCGCCCUCUGCUAAUGUUUUUGGUUUCGCCAACAACUACAACAACAACAACAACAAGAGCAAUCUUAGACACUCUUCGUCUCUCCAGGACUUCUCUGCUUAUCGUCCACUUGAUCCACAAGGAAGUGAUCUCGUCAACCACUUAAAGUAUCCACAUUCGUUGCAGAGAGAAAAUGCUGGCUCUAGCUUCUCGAAACAGAAGGCUUUGCCGGGAGGAACCCCGUCUAAGCGCACCAAGUGGGUGCGGCUUCUCAUGCUUAUUCUGUGCCUCUUGCUGUUGGGACUUGUAAUUUAUAUGAUUUCGCCUUAUGUUUAUUCUUAUUGGUCUCGAGGAGCAUCCAAAUUCUAUGUUGUGCUCGAUUGUGGAAGUACCGGAACUCGAGUUUAUGUAUAUCAAGCAUCUAUCGAUCACAACAAUGCUGGAACUCUUCCUAUUGUCUUGAGUUCUUUAGCGGAGGGUCUUCGCAAGAAGCCUAGUUCCCAGAAUGGGCGUGCUUAUGAUCGAAUGGAGACUGAGCCUGGGUUUCAUAAGUUAGUGCACAAUGUGUCUGGCUUGGGGGCCGCGAUUAAGCCGCUUGUUCAGUGGGCAGAGAAGCAAAUCCCCAAGCACGCACAUAAGACCACCUCUCUCUUCUUGUAUGCCACAGCUGGGGUUCGCAAGCUGCCGACUGCUGACUCGAAAUGGCUUCUAGACAAUGCGUGGUCCAUUCUCAAAAAAACUUCACCUUUCUUGUGCCAGAGAGAGUGGGUGAAGAUUAUCAGUGGUCCAGAGGAAGCUUAUUACGGAUGGAUAGCACUUAAUCAUCGCACAGGUAUGUUGGGGGCCAAACCAAGAAAACCAACCUUUGGUGCACUUGACUUAGGUGGGUCGUCGUUGCAGGUUACAUUUGAGAGCAAGGAACAUAUACAUAAUGAGACUAGCGUAAGCCUUAGAAUAGGAGCUGCUAAACAUCAUCUCACUGCCUAUUCUCUCUCGGGCUACGGUUUGAAUGAUGCGUUUGACAAGUCUGUGGUUCAUCUUUUUAAGAGUGUUCCAGAAAUCACUAAGAGAGAUAUAGUUAAAGGGAAAACAGAACUGAAGCAUCCUUGCUUGCAUUCUGGGUACAAGGAGCAAUAUAUCUGUUCACAGUGUGCUUCGAAUUACCAGGAAGGCGGGAGCCCUGUGAUUGCAGGAAAAAGUCUGAGUAAAGGAGGAAAAUCAGGCAUUGCUGUGCAGCUGCUUGGUGCUCCGAACUGGGAGGACUGCAGUGCGCUGGCAAAAGUUGCUGUUAAUUUAUCUGAAUGGUCAAGUAAAAACCCAGGCAUUGACUGUGAUUUGCAGCCUUGUGCUCUUACUGAUAGUUUUCCUCGUCCUUAUGGCCACUUCUAUGCGAUGUCUGGCUUUUUUGUGGUGUAUAGGUUUUUUAAUUUGACUUCAGAAGCCACACUAGAGGAUGUUUUGGAAAAGGGUCGUGAAUUCUGUGAAAAAACUUGGGAAGUUGCAAGAAAAAGUGUUGCACCUCAGCCUUUCAUUGAACAGUAUUGCUUUAGGGCACCGUAUAUUGUAUUACUUUUGAGAGAGGGCUUGCAUAUUACAGAUAGCCAGAUCAUUAUUGGUUCUGGAAGUAUUACUUGGACUCUUGGAGUUGCCCUUUUGGAAGCUGGGAAGGCAUUUUCAUCUAAAAUGCGGCUUCGCAGUUAUGAAAUACUCCAAAUGAAGAUAAACCCGCCAGUCCUUAUUGCAAUUUUGUUUAUUUCGUUGGUGCUCCUAGUUUGUGCAUUAUCAUUUUUUGGAAAUUCGAUGCCAAGAUUUUUUAGGAGGUCAUAUCUCCCACUUUUCAGGCAUAAUAGUGCGUCAAACACAUCUGUUCUUAAUAUCCCAUCUCCUUUUGCAUUCCAGCGUUGGAGUCCUAUCAGCUCCGAUGGAAGGGUGAAGAUGCCGCUGAGUCCAACAGCCCAAGAAAUACCAUUUGGCUUUGGACGUGGUCUCAGCGGUGGCAACAGCAGCAGCAGCAGCAUCCAGCUCAUAGAGUCUUCCUUAUACCCGUCAACUAGUAGUGUUUCACAUAGUUACUCCGCAAAUAAUUUGGGGCAGAUGCAAUUUGAUGGGAGUACAAUGGGUUCCUUCAGGUCGCCUCACAGAAGUCAGAUGCAUCUUCAAAGUCGAAGAUCACAAUCUCGAGAAGACCUUAAUUCUUCCUUAGCCGAGGCACACAUGGUGAAGGUCUAGGGCUUUGAUUUUCCAGAAAUUCUGGUAUCCUCACUUAAUUCUUCUCCAAUUUACAUUUUUCAUAGUAAAAGGGAAAGGGAUAUCAAAAUCUCAGUUGAAAGUUGUGCUAUACCCUAUUCAAUUCUGGCCAUUCUUUUUGUACCAUAUAGAACCCCACUUCAGCUGAGAAAUAGUUCAGCACAUAGUUUGUUUUAUGAUUUCUUUUUUCGUUAGUUCCAUGUCUUUCCCUACAUCCUCCAAAUAUGAAAUGAAAGAUGACUGCUUCAACUUC